GAGAAACGCAAUUCGAAAAGACGGCAGGAACUACUAGAGCUUCCGUACAUUAUCCGCUAAUUCUUGGCGGGUAUAUGUGAACCUAACAUUGAAAGAAAAAUAUGGAGGAAGAGGAGAAAUGUCGGUCCAAAGAAUCUAGCUCUGCUAACGUUAGUGAUAAUAUUUCCGCGCAGGCAUCUAGUCGCGAAAAUGACUCAGUUAAAUCAAAAGAAUCGGAGCUGCGGCGGAACAGACUGAAAGUGUUUAACAAAGUGAUGGAGAAAAGCCUUCAGCGACUGGUAGCAGAUGCUAGUUUCAGCAGGUUUUCUCAUUAUUUCCAUCCACUAUGCAAGCAGAAUCCGCAGAUGGCUGAGGUCAUCCACAAACAGUUCAUCAGCGAUUUGCAGAAAGCUAUACAGGAAGAUAUAAACAAAGUAAUAGAGGAGGGGGACCUAGAGGUGAAACUAGAGGAACUGGACAAACUGGAGGAAAUGGCCAAAGACACACCCGAUGCUGCAUGGAGGCCGAGCGGCAUUCCUGAGCAAGAUGUGUGCAGUGUGAUGAUACCGUAUCACCAGGGCCAGGAGGAGUAUGUGCGCCGAGAGCUGAAGAAACUUCAGAAGGAAAAUGCGGCCCUGGCACAGAGGGUGCAAACAGGCCGAGAGGCCAUUACCCACACUGAGCAGCGCAUCGCUGCAGCGGUGGACGAGUGGAAGGCUUCUGUUGCUGACCUGGAAUCAUUUGUCCUGUCCAUCUGGCCAUCAGAAAAUUUUGAUACUUUUUGAACCUUUGUGGGCCAAGGCAACUAUUAAAUUGUAACAUUUUUGUUUUAUUUUCUAAAAUUAACUAAUUCUAUUUUACUCUGUUAAAUGUUUCAUUAAAUAUUACUGUUGCUGUAUUUGUCUGCUUUUUUAGUUAUUUUCAACAAAUUUGUUUAAUAAUCUCUGCAUAUCUUUAAAAGAUCAUUAAAUUGUUUAGGAAGUUAUCAAUUUGCAUAUUCUACAGGAGAAUCGAUUAUCCAAGCUAGUAAGUACACAAUUUAUGUAAGCAUGGAGUGUAAUAAUUGGCAGAUUUCUAUCUGUUGCCAAGUCUAUAUCUCGUGUCUCUGGUUUUGUAUACCUGUGAAUUUAACAUAUACAUUCCCAAGAAUGUCCACAGGGCCAAAAGCCGUUCAUUUAGGUCGUAAAGGAGGUAAUGGCAUUAAAUCUCUAAUAAAGAACUUUUAUAUUAUUUGUUUAUGAA